UAGAAUUGUGAAUAAUGAAAAGUGGAAGGGGAAAGCGCUGCGGGAGCAUAGGGAAAGAUCUGAUCAAGUGUUGAGCUCGGUCCCCGCUUUCUAGUUGGUGCUGAAGGGAUUUUUGUGUGUUUGGAAAGCGGCUGCUCUACAACGUAGUGCCCGAGCGGAGUAAUAUAUUGUUAUUUAUUGUGUGCUUGUUGCAUGCUUUCUCGUACACAAUCGCAUGUGUGUUGCAGGGUCAAAUUAUCUCCUGGUUGCCCAACAACCUAAAAGCAGCACCAACUGUGUCCUCAUUGAGCACUUCUCCCGUAAGAGUCACUUACAAUGGUGGCAUUAUCAUCCGGAGGAUUGGAUCCAAAAUUUUGAAUGUAUGGAAUUGAAAUUUGUCAUCUGUAGAGGGGCAAAAAGUUGCAGUCUUGCCUUCAUCUGACAGACAACCUUGACUGCUUCAUUAAUUUGGAUAAACUUUAGAGGCUCCCGUUUGCUCCAUGCUGAUGCCUUAGCCAAUAAAGUACAUUUUUUGAGUCAUGAUGCAAGAAUCUGGGAUUGAGGCAGCAAGCAACGGUUCAGCCAAUCAGAACGAAGUUAGCAGUGGUAACCACUAUCCAGACAGUAGCACAAGGGAAGGGAGAUCAAACGGCGACUCAUCCUCGAUUGAAGUGACUGCUGCUGAAUUGGUUCAUCUCCAGCAACAACAGGCUUUUCAAGUUGCACGACAGCUCUUGCUGCAGCAACAAGCCAGUGGGCUAAAGUCUCCCAAGGGAAAUGACAAGCAACCAACCUUACAGGUUCCAGUAUCAGUGGCUAUGAUGACACCUCAAGUGAUAACUCCCCAGCAAAUGCAACAGAUUUUACAGCAACAAGUAUUGACUCCUCAGCAACUUCAAGCUUUGCUUCAGCAACAACAGGCUAUCAUGCUACAGCAGCAACAGCUUCAGGAGUUUUAUAAGAAACAGCAAGAGCAGUUGCAUCUUCAGCUUCUGCAGCAACAACAUGCUGGGAAACCAACUAAAGAGCAACAACAACCACUAGCUGCCCACCACUUAGCCCUUCAGCAGCAGCUUCUUCAGGUGCAGCAGCUUCAACAACAACACAUCAUGACUAUGCAGCGUUGUGGCUUGCUCACAGUGCAGUCCGGACAGCCAGGUCUCUCUCUGCAAACACUGGCACAAGGCAUGACUCCAACAGAACUACAGCAGCUAUGGAAAGAAGUCACUGGAGCUCCCACAGUGGAAGAAAGUGUAACCAAAAAUGGCAGCCUCGACCUUUCUACUAGUUCACUUUGCUCUCCCGCUGCACCACCUAAGACCUCACUACCAGUAACCCUGAUGAAUGGACAGUCUACGGGUCACACUCCAAAAAGGGAAUGUUUAUCCCAUGAGGAGCAUGGUUGCAAUCAUCCUUUAUAUGGUCAUGGUGUGUGUAAAUGGCCUGGUUGUGAAGCAGUCUGUGAAGAUUUUGGACAGUUUCUAAAACACCUCAACAAUGAGCAUGCACUGGAUGACAGAAGUACGGCACAGUGUCGAGUACAGAUGCAAGUUGUACAACAGCUGGAACUCCAGCUCGCAAAAGACAAAGAACGCCUGCAAGCAAUGAUGACACACCUGCACGUGAAGUCAACUGAACCAAAAUCUACUCCUCAGCCUCUGAACCUGGUAUCGAAUGUCACAUUAUCAAAGACUGUGUCUGAGGCAUCUCCACAGAGCUUACCUCACACCCCUACCACACCAACAACCCCUAUUACCCCUGUCACACAAGGACCCUCUGUUAUUACCCCAACCAGCAUGCAUAACAUGGGACCCAUCCGGAGGCGGUACCCUGACAAGUACAAUGUGCCAAUAUCCUCAGACAUUGCUCAGAAUCAAGAGUUCUACAAGAAUGCAGAUGUUAGACCCCCUUUCACGUAUGCUUCAUUAAUAAGGCAGGCAAUUCUUGAAUCUCCAGAAAAGCAGCUAACACUAAAUGAAAUAUAUAACUGGUUUACACGAAUGUUUGCCUACUUCAGACGCAAUGCAGCUACAUGGAAGAAUGCAGUGCGCCAUAAUCUUAGUCUUCACAAGUGUUUUGUUCGAGUAGAAAAUGUUAAAGGGGCAGUAUGGACAGUGGACGAAAUAGAAUUCCAAAAACGAAGGCCACAAAAGAUCAGUGGCAACCCUUCUAUUAUAAAAAAUAUACAAACCAGCCUUGCAUAUGGAUCACCACUUAAUGCUGCUUUACAGGCUUCAAUGACUGAGAAUAACAUACCUCUAUACACUACUGCUUCCAUGGGAAAUCCCACUGUAGCCACCAUGGUGGGUGCUAUUCAUGAGGAGCUAAAUGGUGCAGUGGAGCAUUCAAACAGCAAUGAAAGUGACAGCAGUCCAGGACGUUCUCCGUUGCAAGCAAUGUAUCCUAUCCAUGUUAAAGAGGAGCCAGUGGACCCAGAAGAAAUGGAAGGGCCUCUGUCCUUAGUGACAACAGCAAAUCACAGUCCAGAGCUUGACAAUGACAGAGAAUUUGAAGAGGACCCAGGCAAUGAAGACAUGGAAUGAGCAUGUUUCUCAUCUUUCCCUGAGAUGGAAUUCAUAUACAAAGAGAGCUCGUCAGAUUAACCUGUGAAAUCUCUCCAUGAUGUGGAAGUUUGGAGGAAUUUUCAGCCCUUUUUGACAAAGUAAUGAGAUGUUUUAAAUGACUUUUAGUGCCAUUAAGAAUCCCGUUGGGGAAUGUUUCUGAUUUUUUUUCUACUUUUUGUUGGAAAAAUGGAAUUUGUAUUCUACAUACAUUGGAUGGACUUGUUUGGUACUUGGGAUUUUUCUCUCCUGAAGUCAACAUCAGUGUUGAAAGUUACUGAACUGUACAGUCAUACACACAGACUUUGCAGCAGAUUUGGACUGCAGUCCUGCCAAGUUGGACUCAUGGGUCUGAUCAAAGCUGUUCAUAGUUCAAACUGCAGGUAGAGCUCUUCCCAGAACUUGCAUAUUCAAAUGGAAGACUGAGGCUAAAACUGAUUUGCACAGUACUGGAAGUGGAUUAUUAAAAUAUCACUGCCUUUAAUCCACAUUUGUUUCCAUGGGGCAGGGGAGAGGGAAAUAAUUUGUGAAAAAUAAUUAACCGAAAUUUUAUUGUGACACUGUUUGCUUCUGCUGCACCCAAGCAGUUUUAUAAUCGUAGGCCACAGGCCUCUGGAGGACCUCAUUAAGCUCUAUGUUCAGCAGUAGUGGUUGAAUGUUAAAGUCUUUUUUUAACCAAUGGGACAAAAUGCCUGACAUCAGUUUGUAACACACGUGGUAGAUUUUCUGUCAUUCAUUCCCCUUAACUUCAUUUUUUUUAUAUAUAUAUAUAGAGAGAGAGAGAAAUUAAACCUCAGACCAGCUUUUAUUCUGUUUACUGAUACUGCUUUAUUUCAUUUGCUUUCAGUCAGCAAUCAACAGGCCCAACUUUUAAUAUCAACUGGCGGAAUCAAUGUUCCAUGACUCCAGAGAAAGGUUCACUUUUAGGAAAGCUGCAGAAAUGAACCAGGGGACAGAAUGACAGAAAUAAAAAGAUGAUAUUAGUAACUAGCCCUUGUCUCCUGCAUAACGCCAUUGAAUGAUUCCUGUUUUUCAGGUUCAACGAGUACUAAGGAGACACAGGAGUUGAGUCAAAGAAAGUAGAACAUAAAAAAUUUUGUCUGUAUAAAUAUUAAUUCACACUGCAGCAAAGCUUUUCAGUUAAGGUUUAUGUCUAGUGCUGUGUUAAGUAGCUCUAUAGGUAGAAAUUUGUUAUUUCAGCAAACUUAGAAAACUUCACAAUAGAUGACAAAAUUGAAAGCAAUGUCACUAGAGCUUACUUUGCGAGCUUAUAGUGAUCCUGAAGCAAACUUUACGUACAGAAAGUAAUUCUGUUAAUAGAAGUCAUUGAAUUAUUUUCCAAAACACUCAACAUCUUUGCUGUUUCAAGACUGCGACUUGGUCACUUUUCUGUCACUCCCCUCUUCCCCCAUUGUAUUUAUUUAGGACUAUAUAGUUUGGCAGUUGAAGAAGCUUUCAGAGCUUUAUUUAUUUUUACUUUUUUUUGAAACCAGAUAAAUUUUUCUGAGAUUACCAAAGAUGAUCUAAAAGGUAAAUUAUAUGUUCUCUGUUUGAUGCUUUAUCUGAUGAAGCCAAAUAUCCUCUUAUUGUUGAUCAAAGGAGGUAGCAGAAUCAAGAGGGGGAAAUGGCUAAAAAUGGAAUGAUGCACAGACAGUAACCUGUGAUGUUUAAGUCUCCUUUUAACAAUAUCUGCAACGGGCCAGGUGGAUGUUUGAACCAAAGGUAUUAUCUCUGAAAAUCCAGCUUUCUCUUUCCUAUAAUGACCAAGUUUGCUCACUGUAGGAAGAUAUAAUUGGAGACCAAACUAAGGACUGAUAUCACGGAGGCCACAAAAAAGGGAGCGUUCCAUCAAGGGAAGGUGAAUGUAGAUCCUUUCUGUGCUGAUAAGAGUAACAUGAAAAGGUGAAGAUGCAAGAUUCAAAUGGUAAUACAGAGAGAAAAGGAAUAGCUUCCAUGAUGGAACUGGACCAUGUAUUAGUGUUUUAGGACAAUGCUUGUUAUGGAAGCUGUAACUGAAAGAUGGUGUGCCACUUUUGUUUGGAGACCAAUUUUCUUUACUGUGCCAAGAUUACUUAUUUUUGGUUUGCCUUGGCACACAUCUUCAAAUUUGUUCAGUUUUGUUCCCGCAUUCUUCAUGCAAAAGCACUCUUAGGUUGAUACAAGAGACAUUACAGCAGUUUUUUUUUAAGCUUAAUCCAACUUUCUGUUAAAUGGGCAGUCUGUGGUCUUUUGAAAUAUAUAUUUGUAAUGGCAUUCCAGGCAGCUUCAUGAGGAUGUGCAGGCAGUAGCUAAAUGGGAUCAUGAGAAGAGAUCCCACGAUUUCAAACUGAGUGGCCUGUCGGUUAACUCUGUAUUUGAGGGAAUAGAAGAUGGUUAGAUUAGUACAUUCUCAGCAUGUGUAGCUAGACAUGACUAAAGUUAACAGCAUGAGAAACUGUUAGUACGCAUACCUCAGUUCAAACUUUUAGGGAAUGAUAAAUAAAACAUUUCACUCAGUUGCACUUAGUUGUAUGUCUUGCAUGUUUAGUCUAAAGACUAGCAAAAUUAGAGCUUGCAUAUCUAGCAGGUACCACAGCCUUUCAGCAGAAUCAACUCUGAACCUCAGGCUCUUUAUGUACAGGAUUUCAAUGAUUGAACAUUGUCACCAUAUCCGUUUGGAUAUACGGUUGCUUCUAAAGGGUGGGGGUUUGUUACAUUGUACAUAAAUAUCCCAAUGUGUUGGUGCAAGCCUUUGUCUUUUUCUGUUUCUUUUUAAACACUGUUCUUUUAAAAACAAGAAAUCUCUGUUAAAUCACAUUUGCUUUUGAGCAACUGCUUUGUAUUGACUAUAUUAAAAGAAAGCUUUGAAAACUACUGUAUGUAUUGAAACUGCAAAUGUUCUGCACAUGUAUUUUACUUAUUAAUCCUUGCUUUAAGAAUAACAGAAGUUAUUUGCUGACAUUUGGGAGAAAAUCCCUUUUUUUUGCUUUAACUGUAGUACAGUUGACAGAUUUUUAAGUUACCAUUGAACGAAGCAUUUUGUACAGUUUUGUUUGUGUUAGACUGUUUUGAUACUUCCCGCUUACAAAGGUCCAACCACUGCCCUCUGCAGCUGUCUUAAAAGUUUGAAGGAUUUGGAGAAGACAAUUUUAAAAAAGUCAUUUCUUUUCCUGCUGUCGUGAAUACUUAGCAUGAUGAAUUCCAGGGCCAGUUGCAGUGAAGUAAUGAUUAUUAAAACUGGGGAGUGUCAACCUGUUGAAUAUUUUUUUUUAAAUAAGAACUUUACAAGGUGCCAAGAUGUAAAGAUAAUUUGUUACAUGCUUUUUCUCUAAGAAAAGCAUACAUUAUCAUGAUCGAAGUACCAUGAUUCAGGUAACUUCAAUGUCAGGAAUGAGUGUCACAGCCUUCUAUACUGUCAAAAGCCAGUGAAUACAAAUCUGAUUGUUUGUUAAAGGUUGUUUGGAAAUGGUACAGAAUGAGGACAUUGUGUUAUCAUGGUGCUUUGAACGAUGUUGCUGCCAGUUAAGAGAUUAUUGUAGAGGCAUACAGGAACUCAUUCCUUACAUCAGUGUAAUCCAUCAUUCCAUGUCUGUUGAUGCAGACAAUAAAAAAUUUCAUGUGUGUAGUCAGUACUAAUUACUGACAUUAGCAUUCUCAAAUGCAAUAAAAAUGCUGGUUGUUCA